AUGCCAGGAGAGGCAGCGAACGACGAGUUUGAGCUGAACGAGGACAGGAGCCCCGCGGAAUGGAUGAGAGUCGGGGACACGACGGGGGAUGCUUUUCUGUGGUACACUGUCAUGCUAGAGAUCGCGAGUGCUUGCUGCAGCAUCGUGUACAUUACUUCACACGAUGAAGACCAGCUCUUGUGGAAAACCGACUGCUGGGGGAGGUGGACGUCUCUUUCGGACGCCGAGGACGUCCAGUUUGUCGAGUUCGACACUCACAUCGGCUGGCAACAGUACGGCAAGGUUGACAAGCUGGGGCUCCUUUCGGAGCUCAGCGAGAGCACCGCCGUCAUGGGCAGCCUGGCGGGCGGCAUGCAUGGCUUGGUCAUCAUCAUCGCGUGCGUGUUCUUCUUCUUCUCUUCGUCCGCGCUGUGGCUGAGCUACUUCGACUUCUGCUGCAGUCGACAGACACCGACCCAUGAGGGGAAGGUGGGGCCAAAGGAGGGCCAGAAGACGAAGCCCGCCAUGCGCGACCACCCCCUUGUUCUUGCCCGGGACUGUCACCGGUGGAUGUUCGUGAUGGCGGCGAGUUAUAUCCUCGCCGGCCUUUGGUGCUUCGGGGUGGGGUGCAUUGGGUUCUACGUUGUUAUCAUGGGGGACUUCACGGACGGGCUCCAGGAUACCAUAAGCGGUUGGGGCGAGAGUGUGUCGUGCACGGAGCCCCAGACUAGCCCCCGCUACGGCUUCUUCGCGAACGGGCUGUCCAUCUUGCUUUUCUUCGGAGGCGGGACCAUCAUCUUGUACAAGACCUACGUCUCCGACCGCGAGCUAAGCGAGGCGGUAGAGAUGUGGAAGAACGACCGCGCGGAGAUGGCCGAGAUGGAGGCACGACUGGCCAUGAUCAGGAAGAAGGAGGACUACAAGGCUCAGGUUGCUUCCGCCGCCGCGUCCGCCGCGAGCCCGGUGCCCAUCUUCAAGAGCAGGAAGUCGCAGAAUAACGCACCCUCCUCCUUCUCACCCUCGCCAACGGCAGCCAGCAGCAGGAACGGGUACCACGCCAACCCUUCUGACUUGGAUGACAUGCUGCCUCUUUCUCCGCCCGACCUAGUCUCUCCCCCUUCUUCCGCCGGCACCGCCUCCACUGCCGAAGGGUGGGACGGGCGCCACAAGCGGAUGGCCACCAAGGCGGCUUUCUCUCCCAAAGAUCUGGAGCAUGACGAGCAGUCCGUCGGCAGCACUGCCGAUACCCCGCGGGAUCCUCGACAGUCUCCGUCGUUGUCUUUCUUGGAGUCAUCGCUCUUGCAGUCCCCCGAGCCGCAGGUAUCCAACAUCGAUCGGGACCUGGAGCUUGGGUCGGGAUCAGCGGCGGCCCCUGUUGACGACGAUCUGCCGCCACCGCCAGGGUGGGAGGUCAGGACUACUCCUAUGGGGGACAAGUUCUGGGUGAACAUUGCGACCAAGAAUGUGUCCUGGGAUCGGCCCACUUGA